UCUAUCUGUCACUCCCUCUCGCCGCUGCUUCUAUUCUGGGAAGUGGCGCUUGGAAUAACCCCGUGUGCGCGUGAUCGUGCACGCCUGCCUGCCUGCGUGCGUGCGUGCGUGCGCGUGUGUCUCCGGAUUUCACUCUGACGCACGCACACGCUCGCAUUCGCCGUGUGGCUGACUGCGGCGGCGGAGCUCCGGCACCACAAAUCCGCUCGGGAGGAUUUCUUCCGUUUUUACGCGCAACUUUCCCUCGCGCGGCUCUUCCGUGGAUUCCUCGCCGCCAACGGCGCCGCCAACGCCGUCGCCGCCGCCUUCCGUCUGUAUUUCCGUCGUCCGACUUCCGGAGGUCCAGCAGGCGAACCGAGAGGUGUCAAGCUCCGGAAGGGACUUGGCGUCACCGCGGCGGCUUGUUGUCAUCCCCGCUCCCGGCAGCGAGCGGAACCUGUCAGCGUGUUUACUGGGCUGGACCACAGGACCGCAAUCAGGAACAGCGUGGGUAUGCUGUGCACAAGUGAGUCACAGAGAGCAGGGGGGAGGGGCGAGCAGGCCGAGUGGCGGAACAGGCAGAAGCGCAGAUGGGUGUGAAGAAGAAGAAGAAAAAAAAAAAAGUCCAAAUAAAGCAAAGCGAGUCGCUCGCAUUUGCCGAGAAGGUGCUAGAUCCUCGUGUGCAAGAGCUUCGAAUGAACCAACAUGGGAAGAGACGUCUGACGUUAUCUGGUGACGCAUUUCCGCCGAUGGGCAGCAUCCAACGUCGGGCCAAGAUGGCCGACGGACGUUGAGGAAGUGCUGUGCCCCGCCGCGCUUCUCCCGCCUCCUUCCCGCUGCUCACAAAUGGAAGAUCACGAGUCCAAUAAGGACCCGGCCCGGGAGAAGAUGCCUCUGCAAAGGAAGUGGGCCUCGGAGCCUUCGGCCGGCGCCAAACGGAGCACUUUUGCCUCGCCGCCGGGAGACCGGGAGACUUCGGCGCCCCAACGCAGCUACGCCGGGAAGCUUCUAUCCGGAGCUUCGUCGGCGGGGGCCGUGGGAGGCCCGGUGCCAUCUCAAGACCCCCAGGGGCCCCUUUCGCAGGGCUUCCCGGGGGGCUACUCCUACCAACUGGGCCCGCCCUACCCUCAGCAUCCACAGGCGGAACGUUUCCACUCGGGAGCCAAACCCCAACCGGGACUGGAGGCGCACGCCUGGCCCUUCGCCGGCCAGUUGCCGUCAGACGAACUCUACGCCGUGGGACACCCGGGUCACGCCCACUCCCACCGAGCCGGGGCGCCGGGGGGGCGCUUCCCCCGACAAAAAUCUCCGAGUUUACCCGGCUCCUUUGUGACGUAUUCCCAAACGGGCCCCGACCCGGGGGACGAGGCUUACGGCAAAAAGGAGCCAAAGGCCAAAAAGCCCGGGAAGUACAUUUGCUACUACUGCGGCCGGGCCUGCGCCAAGCCCAGCGUCCUGAAGAAGCACAUCCGCUCGCACACGGGCGAGCGGCCGUACCCGUGCGUGCCCUGCGGCUUCUCCUUCAAAACCAAGAGCAACCUUUACAAGCAUCGCAAAUCCCACGCUCACGCCAUCAAGGCCGGACUGGUCCCCUUCUCCGAGCUGGCCGUUUCCCGCGGCGGCGCCGGCGGCGACGCGGACCGGGCGUCCUCCGGGGGCGACGUGGAGGUCCACUCCGACGGCGAGCAGAGCACCGACACGGAUGAGGAAGGUGUGGAAGAUGGCACCGUACUGGCAGACAAGGACCAGUCCAUCACGCGGAUCGCCUUUGAGGCCGACAAGAGUCCAGGUGGCGCAGAACCGGCGUACGCAGAUUCGGCCGAGGAGCUGCCGGCGGGCUCCAUCAAAGUGCCUAUCUUGAUCGUCCCCAAGUCCCGAGGGACGGAGUGUCCGCUCUUCCAGGACCUCCAAGGUUCCCACCACGCGCUGACGUCCCUGGCCGGGAGACGAGGGCGUUCCCUGGACGACGGCCCUUCGCUCAAACCGCGUUUGGCUCUGAGAGCCAACGACAAGAAAGGUCCGGUUUGGGACGGCGGCGCCACGCAGUCGCUCAAUCUGCUCAGUCCUCACAGCAAAGGCAGCACCGACUCGGGCUACUUUUCCCGUUCCGAGAGCGCCGAGCAGCAGGUCAGCCCUCCCAACACCAACGUGAAAACGUACGAGGAGAUCAUGUUCGGUCGGACUUGGUACUACCAACCCAACUCCAGGUCCAGGCAAUUUGUCACGGUCGCCAAGAUCUCUGAAGAUCACGAUGUCUGUUUACGGGGGGAAGGCGGCAUGUCCAGAGACAUCAAACUUUAUCCGGCCGGACCCGGCGGCUCAGGACUUCUGGAACCUCCUUCGGAUUCCGGGCCUCUCAUCAGGAGCAACUCCAUGCCCACGUCUUCUCCCGAAAACCUCAGCGUCCCCCCGGGGAUUCGGGGCAGCCACUCCUUCGACGAGACGAUCACCUCGGACGAUGUUCUUUAUCAGCCGGGACUGCGUCGACUCCAGCGGCAGGCGGCCAUCGAACUUCUAGCCCACGAAGCCCACACGGGAGACCCCGAGGGUUCGGCCAAGAACUUGGCCAAGAAGCUGAGCGAACGCGCUGCGGCCGAGCCCAAAGUCAGCAUGGCGGAAAUGGCCACCAGAAAAAGGCGGAAGAAGAGCGUCGGGGACGAGGACGACAGCCCCGACCACGGCGACAGCAGCUGCAGCGGUUCGGUGGAGAUGUCCGGAGACUACGUCAGCCUGGACGGGUCCAGAGGCACCCCCACGGGCAAAGGUUCGCUUCAGAGCCAGUCGGACAGCUUCGACACCUGCGCCAGCGUCUGCUCCGAGGACGUGGCUCUCUUUAGCGACGCCGACUGCAGGAAGGCGGCCGCAAACGUCAUCUCCGUCAUCCAGCACACCAACUCCCUCGGCAGCCGACCCAAUUCCUUCGACAAGGCCGAGUCCUUCGAGCAGUCCGCGUAUCAUCCCUCGGCCCCGUCCAGCCAGUACUCGGAACAGUCCGACUCGGAUAUCUUCGAAGACGCUUUGAGUCCGGAGUCGGGCCCGGCGAGAAGCGAGAGUAUGGAUCGGCAGCCGCAGAGCGACGGCGAUUUGGCCUCCGUCUCCUCGUCGCCCGGGACGCCUUACCACGUCUCGCACAAACUGGUCCGCCAGCCCAACAUCCAAGUUCCCGAGAUCAGGGUGACGGACGAGAAGGACGCCGAAGCGCCCGUGGUGGCCAAGGAGUCGCAGAAGCAGCCGGCCGAGGAGUUCCAGCUGCCGCAGAGGAGCGACACCCUCUCCCAGAUGCCCUCGGAGAAGCUGCCGCCCAAGAAGAAGCGGCUGCGCCUGGCCGACAUGGAGCAUUCAUCUGGGGAGUCCAGUUUUGAGUCCACCUGCACCAGCUUGUCCCGUAGCCCCAGUCAGGAGAGCAACCUCUCGCACUCGUCAUCCUUGGACAGGGACGAAGGCCUCAAGCUAGCCUCGCCCAACAGACAGGAGGACGCCGUUCCCGGCGGAGGCGGAGCUAAAGCAUCCGAGUUCCUGACGGUGCCCGGCAGCGCUCGGCAGCAGAGGGAGAUGAGGAGGUCGUCGUCGGAGCAGGCGCCGUACACGCUGCCCUCGGAGGUGCCCGAAAUGCGCAGCAAGUCCUUUGACUACGGCAGCUUGUCGUCGUCCAGACAAGGGGAGCUCUACACUAGCGCCUCGGCCAUGAAGGAGCGCCGACGUGGAUUCCUCGUCCGACAGGCUUCCCUGAGUGUCUACCCGGAGGCUGUGCUCCAGGAACCAGGAGGAUAUGAGCAGUCAAUCAAGCAGGAGAGCGUGGAGCAAGGGGCGUGGCUUGGCCCGACCGGCCCUCCGCAGAGAAGCAGCAACGUGGCCGGCAGAACCCAAAGACUCGGGGGAGCUCAUCAGCAACACGUUCUCCAGCACAGCAUCAGCGAGGACAGCCUGCAGGAAGAACCUCACUGCAGGUCGGCGCAGCAUCACCUGCAGACGCAAGGCUCCUCGUCCGAGGGAGAACAUCUGGAGGUCGUCCAACAGCAGCAUCCCCAAUUCCUCUCUUACCAGCAGUCGACUCUGUUCUGGAGUCAGGAGGUCAAUCAGACUUCAGGACAACGGCUGAGCCUCCACAAGUUCCAGAACCGACCUCCUAAUGGUUUAUCGGGGAAGCAGCUGCUCCGAGAUGGGAAACCGGACCAAGAGCAAAACCCGGCGGCCUCCCUCUCCUCCGACAACACGGCAGGCACACCGCAGCAGAUCCGACCCAUGUUUGCCGCCGCCACCCAGAACCACGCGGGCUCUCUGCCUUUACUGGUUCCCGUGCGCAUACCAACUCAGGUGCCGACGUACGCUAGCUUGAUGUACACCAGCGUUAGCCAGAUGCUAGCUCACGGUCCGAAGAGAGGUUCGGUUGGCGACGAUGGAGGUCCAAACGGAGCGGGAUUCAACCUGGCGCGCUUCCUGGGACAGACGGAGGGAACAAUGCUGCGCCCGCCUCACUGGAAGCCUUCAGCUUGCGGGCCCAACACGGGAAUUCCUCUGUCGCUAACGUCGGGUACCGUGUCCACCACGGACGCCUCGGGCUCCGGCCUGGGAGGCGGCAAGAGGAUGCUCUCCCCCACCAGUUCCGUGGAGCUCUUUGUCGAAAGCAAGCACCAGAAGCGGGUGAAGGAGGAGAGGAUGUUUGGGCAGAUGGUGAAGGAGUUGAGCGCCGUGGAGCUGAGCGGCGCCGACGCGAGCGGCGGGCUGGAGGAGGGGCCCGCUUCCGUCGCCAUUCCCGUGCGUUCUUCUGCCCACCACCGGCCCCGUGUUCCUCGGCAGGAAAGCUUCACCCCUCCUCUUCAGAUCGUCACGGACUCCUCACCCGCGUGGCCGUGCGGCCGAGACUCGCCCGAGGAGCUCGACGUGGACGAGCCCCGCGCCGCCGUCUCCUCCAACGACGCAGAAGAUGCCAUCGAGCAGCCCGCUCGAGUCCCGGCGGCCAACCUGCUGGUUCAGUUGGCCGUCCGCCAGAGUCCGGGACUUUCCCGAGCGACGGGACGGACUCUGCUGCUCGCCGACGCGUCCGAGACUCAGCACUUUUUCCAGUUCCCGAGCCUGCGCACCAACAGCCGGGUCAGCUGGUGUUUCCUCAACUACACCAAACCCAACAGCGCUCAGGCCGAGCCCCGGAGCUCCAUCUACAGCUCCUGGUGCGUCAGCUCCUACAAUCCCAACCCUCUCAACCUCAGCACCAAGGCGGCGCUGGCCCUGCUCAGGUCCAAACAGCGGAGGAGCACCGACCUCCUGUACGCCACGGCCGCCACGUCGCCGCCGACUUCGGGGAAACUGGUGUCGUCCGUGGCUUGGAAGCUCAGGUUUGAUCAGCUAAAACCCGAGCUGAUGCCGGUGGACGUCGGCCAUUUUGGAAGGAAGAUGAAGGAUCGUUCGAAGGAGGAACACGCGGAGAAGGACGUGUCGAUCAAACGCGGCGCCGCUGCCGCUGAGCCGACUCGGAUCAAGAUCUUCGAAGGCGGGUACAAGUCCAACGAGGACUACGUGUACGUGCGCGGGCGAGGUCGGGGCAAGUACAUCUGCGAGGAGUGCGGCAUCCGCUGCAAGAAGCCCAGCAUGCUGAAGAAGCACAUCCGCACGCACACCGACGUGCGGCCCUACGUCUGCAAGUUCUGCAACUUUGCCUUCAAGACCAAAGGUAAUCUGACCAAGCACAUGAAAUCGAAAGCUCACCUGAAGAAGUGUUUGGAGUUGGGCGUGUCCACGUCUUUGGUGGACGACGGCGAGGCCGACGACGCCGACGUCGGCGAGGAAGCCGGCGUACGACGCAAGGCCGCGACGGAGCAUCAGUUCUCCGACGCCGACGACUCGGAGGAAGACGGCGACGAGGUGGACGACGAAGACGACGAGGACGACGACUGCGACGGGGACUCCACGCCCAGGACCUUGUCCCGCUCGGCCAGCCCGUACGGCGUCGCUGUGGCGACGGGCGCCCCGCAGCCCUCCCCGCCUCUCUUCGGGUACUUCACCACUCUGCCUAGCAUCUGCAUCACGCCGCAGGGGGCGCCGGAGCACCCGCCGCCCCCCAUGGACCAAGACCUCUCGCAGGACGUCCCCUCGCCGUCUUCCCGCCUCUCCUCGCCCAGGGCGGACUACUCGGGCUGCCCGUCCCCCGUCUCUCCUUGCUUGUCACCGUCAAGCCGCCAGUACCUCUCGCCUCGACGGGACGCGUCGCCGCUGCGCCACCUGUCGCCCAAACGGGACGCGGGGCUUUGUCGGCGCGAGCUGUCCCCCAGGAGGGGGCACAUGUCGCUGCUCGCCCCCUUGCCGCGCCCCACCUCUCCCGGGAAGCGAGACCUGUCGCCACGAGGGCGCCACAAGGCUUUGAUCCGCUCGCACUCACCUCGUCGUGGACUUCAUCAGCACCUCCUCUUGCAUAGUCAGCAGGGCGGCUCACGAGGCCUGAGAUCAGCUCAACUCGCCGGGCUGCUGAGUCAGGCGGACUUGGGCCCUCGAGGACCUCGCAGGACCGCCAGUGCCGAAAUGGACACGGAAUGUGUUCCAGGUUCUCCAGGGGGGCUAGAGCAUCCUGGUAACCGUGGUAACCAAUCCAGCCCACCCCAUCAGGUCCUAUUCAGUCACCUCCCUCUCCAUUCACAACUGCAGGUGCGGUCUACGUUCCCGAUGAUUCCCAUCGGCGGGAUCCAGAUGGUCCACGCUGUGCCCACGUCACUCAGCGCACCGCUGGGCCAGCAGGGGGCGCAGCAGGCCGCAUCUCGCCUCCCGCCGCGCUCUUCGGAGGACGUCGAAAGCCUGGAGGCCUCCGCCGCGUUGGAAAGAGUAGGCGGGGCGUCAUCGGGGUCUCCGCCCCUUGUGGCGGAAGUCGUCAGGGAGCAAGAGGAGAGGAUCCGAACGUGCACCAAAGCCAUCGCCUCGUUGCGCAUCGACCCCGACGAACGCGGCGACGGGAGGCCAGCGGGGCGGGAGCGCGUUGGGGGGCCGCCACACUCUGCUUCCUUGGCGGAGGAAGGACAAGGUGGGCGCUCGCCGCCCUCUCCGGUGCCACCUGGGGCUCAGCACUUUAGCGCCCCCCCGCGUUGCCCCUCGCCACGGACACCCGCAGACGCCUCGCAAAGCACACAGAGCAGGCCGGACGGCUCGUAGACGUGCAUGACCACAACUCAACUUUUUGCACAAUUGACUCGCUUUCUUUCUGGAAUUACACAUACAGGCACACACAAAAACAUCAACACACACAUGCAAACAGACACACAGCACACACAAUUGAUGUUGGGAGAUGUUAUUUAAAGAUUUUGAAAAAGGUGCGUGCCUGCGUGCGUGCAGUUGUGGGGGGCCGGCCAGCUUCAAGGCAGUCAAGUGGUACUUUAUAAGAACAACAAUAAUAAUGCUGAAAAUAAAAAUAAUAAUAAUCCGCCCCGUGUGCCUUUGCUGGCUGCUUGUGCUCGUUUCAGCAGUCACCUGAUCAACUUCAAGCCCCGCCCCCCUCCUCCUUUUCUGAUGGCCACCUCCCGGUUUGGACAAGCGAUGUGAAGUGACAAAUUCUUCUGAUGUACGGUUGCACUAAAACAUAUUUUUAUAGGAGUGAAAAGGCUUUUUUUUUUUGUGCAACAACAAUUGAAUAAUGCUAUUUAUGAUGAUGAAUAUUGUUCCUAUGUUUGAUAAAUUGUACAUUUUGAUUUCUGUGGUGGCUGCCUUUUUCUGGCACACAUACUUUUAUUGCUGACAUCAGCGAUACAUAUUCAUAACUUGAACAUAUGUCAACAAUAUUUAGCCUUCAUCGAUUCAAUCUAUAAUCGAAACAUAACCAUACAUUUGCCUUGAGUCCCUUUGGCUUGUAUAUUUUCGCGCUGCCCUUCUGCUUCUUUUCCUUGUCAUCAUUUUACAACUAUUUUCCCAAAUUCAACUGUCCUUCCCUCUCCUUGUGUAUGUCUGACUUUUAAAACAAACUUCUUUCUUUCAAAAUUAGCUUGAAUCCGCAAAAAACGAGCGUUCAAUGUACAUAUAUAUUCAUAUACAUACAUGUCGUGUACAUGAAGAGUGUGUGAGUAGUUUUUUUGUAUUCGAAAAUAUUUUUUUUAUUAUUUAUUAUUGACGUCAUUCCAAGUCUUGAAUGACGACAAUAUGCAUUUGUAUGAAUGCGUGCGUGCGUGCGUGCGUGCGUGCGCGUCUUUUUUUUUUUUUUUUUUCUAAUGUCUUUCUUUCAGGUGAGUGUGUAGACGUGACGCGCUUAUGAAAAGAAGGUUCGGUGUCGUGCUGGUAGAAAUCCCAAUACUCUCACAAAUGCGUGGGCGUGUGUGUACGAUGACGCAAACAAACGUCAGUUGCUGUUUUCAAAUAAAUGGAAAUGAAAAACA